AUGUCUGGUGUUAGCAAGGCCUGCUGCUCCAUCCCUCCCGUCGUCGCCAAGGGCUACGAGCCCAAGGGCGAAUACAAGACCAUCAAUGGCCUGAAGACCUACGUCACCGGACCCGAAUCCGCUACCAAGGCCAUCCUCGUCGUCUACGGCGCCGACAUCCUCUCCACCUCCAACGAGAAGAAAUACCGCGUCUUCAUGCCCGACUUCUUCGAGGGCCAGCCCGCCGACAUCACCUGGUUCCCGCCCCAGACCGACGACCACAAGCAGAAGCUCGGCAACUUCUUCCAGACCAAGGCCGCGCCCCCCAACACGCUUUCCAAGAUCCCUGCCAUCGUGUCCGAGGCGAACAAGCUCGCCCCGAACGGCCAGUUCGACUGGUCCAUCCUGGGCUACUGCUGGGGCGGCAAGAUCGCCUGUCUGGCGGCGGGCCAGGAGAACACCAUCUUCAAGGCCGCCGUGCAGUGCCACCCGGCGAUGCUGGCGCCCGACGAUGCAAAGUCCGUCUCUGUGCCGAUGGCCGUGCUGGCGUCCAAGGAUGAGAACUCCAAGGACGUCACGGCGUUUGGGGCGAACCUCAAGGUUGACCACUACGUUGAGACGUUCUCGUCGCAGAUCCACGGGUGGAUGGCGGCGCGGUCGAACCUCGAGGAUGCGGAGGUGCGCAAAGAGUAUGAGCGUGGAUAUCGCACUGCGCUGGAUUUCUUCCACAAGCACGCUUAA